AUGUCCUUUCUGUUACGCGAAUAUUCGCGAUUUCUUUAUCGGCAUCCGCUCGCCGUAGCCAUCGCUGCUCUGUUGCUCAUCGGCCUGUUGCCACUCGUCGUCCUCUAUUUUCGACCUAUUCGACUCAGUCAGAAUGCUGAAAUCGGUUUUGACACAAAAGACACGGAACUGUCUGGCUCCCGAUUGGCAUGGCAGAAAUUGCAGCAAACUCUACAAACCUCGAAUCGCAUCAAUUUCACCAACCGACCUCCACUUUACCCUCCUACGGAAUCACUGAAUACCACACUUGGGACGUCAGCUAGGAGGAAACGGUCAUGGGCAGAAGAUUUAUUUAGCACGUUCAUUAAAGUCCCAUGCUAUGAUUCUCCAAUCCCCUUCAGUAAGUUCAAUCCUUCUCAAGUUUAUGUUGUUCCAAUGAUGCCUUUUGUCUGUUCAGUGAACUAUCUGAGCCAAGUGGUAAUCGAAGUGCCCAAUUUGUCGAGCAUCUUCGAAUUGACAUUUCUUCGUAAGAUGUGUUCGAUGCAUGAGCACAUUUUCGAGGAAUUAAGUGCUUUUGACGAUUAUACACCUUAUCGGAACAUUUGGAGCAUCGCCAACUUCGUGUCUUGUCUAUCGCCAAACCUCCUCUUCAACUGCACAGAACUUACGGACAAUGACGUUGACGUUGUUCACCAGCUGAUCAGCUACUGCAUACCGUAUCGCACUCGGUUGAUAACUUGCCAAGUCGUUUGCAACGAGGAUCCGCUUUGUUCCUCUUGUCGAGAAGUGCCGUCGAAUUGCUCCUCUACGAUGAUGUUCGACCUGUUCUACAGGCUUCUUCCUCGCGACCUUCAUGCUGAGCCACUUCAUCUGAACACUUUUCUGCCUGUAUUCACAAUGACUGGUUAUGCUACUCAAAACAUUUUUCCCAGUCUUGAUCUCUUCAACAACCUUGAACAAGCGAUUGUACGCUUCAUGAAGCACGAAAAUCUCCCUAUGAAA